UAACAAACAAGUCUUUGUGGCUUGAAUUCUCCCAACACUCGAGCUCUCUUCAUUUUAAAGUCCCCUCUACAUAAGAACUGUAUUUGGCAAUGGAUCCGAUGUCGCAGCUCGGAGGUUUUACCUUUGAUUGUUCUCUAACGCUUCUUAUCAGAAUGUUGAUUUAUGGCAGCCCGGAUCUCAUCUUUUGAAUGAACCGUUUGUCAUCCGCAAUCCUCCCAAAUAAUAAUGGUUUCUUCUGGCACCUCGCUCUGAGUAGUGUCUUGAAGAAGUGAAUGAGUGAGUGAGUGAGUGAGUGAGUGAGUGCGACGAGUUGUUCCUGGUAACAAAAGCUCAACUGCAACAAUACAAAACUCAUUUGAACGCUCCAGAAGGAGAACGAGAGAGAGAGCGAGAGCGCGAGAGAGUCAGUCGAGACUCACCUUGGUGAAGAUGGAUGAAAGUGUCAUGAGUGCCUGACAUCUGGAUUUGAAGUCAGCCAUCGCCAAGCAAUGCCGUUAAGGGGAUCAGGAUCCAGCGGCACGAUUCUGUGCAAGAAAGGAUGAGACUCGCCAAGAUCCCAUAGAUCACGUUUAAUGCCCAGCACAAUUAGAUGGCAUUCACAUCCAGCUUUGGCGCCAAGUGCGAACAGAACGAGGAUCCCAUGUGAAGAAGGCGUAAUUUCAUUAAGCCUUGGGUGCAAGUCAUGAAUGAACACAGGGGAAGGAGAAGCAAAAAACAGAGUCAUUUGAGGCAAUUUCCAUAAAAGGUAGAACUUAUUUGCUGCCACCGCCAGAUUCAUCAUCACCAACAUUAUGACUAAGCUGAGCGUCGUCAACAUCACGGUUGUCCGUCCACCAUUGGAAGCCGUUCCAAAAGAACAUUACGUCUGUCAUCCAAGUCAUUUACAUUUAGAUUCAAGCCCAUGAAUGAAAUGACCAUUUUCUGGGCAGUACGCAGAAGCCGUCUCUCAGCUCGCUCAAAUCAUUUCUGGACCCCAAGCCAAAAUACCGUCGACUCAUUCUGAUUCCCCGAGCAAGCAAUGAUCACCUUAUGAAUCUACAAAACCUACACGGCAGACUGAUGGGGCUUGAACACAUUUGAAGCGUGUUUAGACAGCCGAUGAGCGAGACGGAAACAUGAAAACAGUCACCAGCUCCGGAUUCAUUUCUCAACCAAAAUGCCACAACAAAAAUGUCCGUUUCCUGCCCUAACAGAGUGAAUUAUUGGGGUCUCGGAAAGUGUCAAAGUGUCGUGCGCCUGCAUGAUUGGAAUAUUUACACAGCUAACCCACCCCUUUUUUUCUUGGGCAGCUCCAUCAGUCUCAUCUUGCCAUUGUCUUUGGAAGGAGGAACAAGUAGAAGGAGGAGGAGGAGGAGGAGGAGGAAGAGGAAUGAGCAACGAGCUUCUGGUGUUCUUCAGGAGCCUGAACUCGCUCCCCCUUACUUCCUGUUGUGCCACCUGGAAAAUAUAUGUAUUUUUUUCGGAUAAGCAAACUUGUAAAAUGAAGGCGAAAAUAUCCAUAAUGAGAAAAUGCUGUGUCAAGCCCACUGGCAUAUCUCUCCCUUGCUGUGCUGUGCUUGGGAUGCCUGUUAUGGAGACAUCCUUGUCAGGACUAAAGAGGUCCUUCUACUGCAAUCCAAUAAAGUUUCCACCUCGCUCGGAUGGUUUGGACACGAUCCAGGUUGCCCCACCGGUUUUCACUGCCGAGACCUCUCAGAGGGAGAUCCACUACCGAUUAGAUGUUGGCGACAUUUUCCGAAUUUCGUGCGAGGCUUUGGGGAAUCCCGAUCCGGAGAUUAAGUGGUUUAAGGAUGGCCACGAAAUUCGAGAUCCCGUGCGUGAGAGCGAUGACUUUGGGAAAUCCUCGGUCGAGUUCCACGUGAUGGGAUCGGCCGACGGUGGGACGUACACUUGUCAAGCUCAGAAUGGCGUGGGAAGUCGACAGCUGAAUUUCACUCUCUCCGUCAAUGUGGACUCAACCUCGAUGCAGCAUGCCAUCGUCAUGGAGGCCAAAGCCAUCAACAACACCGUGUCCAAGGGUGACUCGGCAACUUUGAGUUGUAAAGUGAAGGCGGUGAUGUUGCCCCACAUCAAGUGGUUGAAGAAACUCGAUCUAGUGGGCAAAGAGGACCGGCCCCCAGAAAAUGUGGUCGAUGUGUACACACUCAACAUGGGUAACGAACGCUUCCGAGUGCUCGACACCGCACCCGACAUCCUCAUCGGAGAUGGGAUCUUCUUGAACAACCUCGUGAUACCGAGUGUAGAAAUCGAUGAUGCUGGCAUGUACAUUUGCUUCGUGACCAACAGUGGAUUCGGUGCAUUAACGUACAAGUCGACUCACCUGAACGUGAUUCCCCGCUCAAGCAUCUACCACCAACGAAACCCUUCCGAAACGGGAGAGGGGAAUAGCGGGCGUGACAUUGUGAUUUCGGGGGCUCAAUCGGCGUCGGAAAGCUUUGUGCUCAUUCUUGUCAUUUGUUUGGUGGUCAUCACGUUCGUGAUUUCGGUGUCUGUUAUUGCCUUCGUCAUUCGUAAAAGUCGUCGCGACCGUCCAAAACAAUCGGGCGGCAGUCACUCCAGCAGUAACAUCAGCAGUUGUCAAGGUCGCAAAACGCCCGACGAGGAAGCCAUACAACAAAGGCCAUUCCUUAUGUCAAGCUCGGACUUGAAAUAUGAAUCUGCAGCCUCGCCGGCCUCGCUUCCCCCACCCCCUUCCAUAUUCUCGUCAGUGGGCCCGGCCUCCUCAUCCAUGGGCUAUUGGUCACGAACCGUCUACCCCACGUACGGACAUAUCAGAAGUAUGCCCUCUCAGGCGGCGCCUCACUAUGAAAACCCAAACCAAACCAAAUAUUAUGGUAGGGAUUCGCCCAGUAUUGGCAACCAAUACGAGGUGCCAUACAGUCAUUUGAAGCAAUCUUCCUCCGGCAAGAGUUCGUCCAAUUCCAAUCAGAGUUAUGGUCUAUCCAAUAACAACGCCAUGUUCGCGUCGCAACCCCAGUUCCAAUAUCCGCUAAUGGGUGGGACCGGUCCUCUGAGUCACGUGCAUGGAUUGAACCACCACGCCCAUCCACAGCCGCAUCCUUCGCACAAUCAUCACGGUGCGAACGGAUCCCUGGGUGGAGGAGUUUUGUCCACAGGACAUCUCGACCCAAGUGGAAUGGGUAAGAAGGACUCGCCACCUUUCCGAAGCUAUCCAUAUUUCCAAUAUUUGGGAGAUUACGAGACGUGAGUCAGACGGUCUUCGUCCAGAGAGCUAUGUCUCCCCAAAGACUACUUCAUCAUCAAUGCAUAUUCAUUCAGUGUGUACUACCCCGAAAGUAUCUGAUUUCAGUUCGCUCCGUGUUUUACAGAUAUAUACAAGUAGAUGGUUUUUGAUACCUCGUACAUGUCCUUGUUAACUUGUGUUCCAAUCAUCAUUCCAUGAUUGCGUCUUCUUACUAAGUCUCACGAGAAAAAAAGAAAUGUGACCUUUACUAGUUAAUUCAAAGAAUAUACCAAACUAACAUCUUC